AUGGGUAGCAACUCAAACUAAAACAAAACCUGGUAACGAAGCCCAUAAAAUUAACUGUAUUGCUGAUAUAAUAUCUAGAGACAUGCACAUUAACUAAAAAUCACUUAUUUAAGUGGAGCUGGUGAAAAAGGUACUGUAUGGGUUUCUUGGGGAAGAGGAGAGGUACAAAUUAAUAAGAUGUGAACUGGGUGAAUGCUUGGGUAAACUGGUCUAUAUGAUGGUCCACCUCCACCAUAUGGGCAUCCAAGAAGCUGCAUUUCUUUAGCUGACAGGUCAAUUUCCCUUUGUAAUAUCUGGAUCAGGCUACUACCAAACUCAUAGUUGAAAAUCUAAAAACAGAACCUAACUAAAGACAAAGGUGGUCCUUGGAAUGGGUAUGCUUAAUGAAAAAAAGGUGUUUUGCUUGGUAAGACAGCCAUAAUAAAACAUAAGCUGUUUUAUAGGAUUCUGUAUAUUUUACAAAAAAAAAAACUAUUUUAAUAUGAGUGGGAAGAGUUUAUUGAUCCAAUGAGAAAUAUGCUUAUUGAUGACAUUAUGCAUCGUUGUAAUUUUUCUUUGGGACUGAUGCUGUAAGAGGACAAUUUGAUAUGUCAUGUACAGUGGCGUACACAUAACCCAUGGGGCCCCAGUGCGAAAAUUGAUCCGUGGGCGCUUACUCGGCGCGGGUCAGGGCCGCAACACAUGGCGGCGGGCACCUGGUCGCAGGGGUUGCAGGGCUGCGACCCCGCGACCGCGGUAUGCACACUCCCUUAAAGGACCACUAUAGUGCCAGAAAAACAUACUCGUUUUCCUGGCACUAUAGUGCCCUGAGGGUGCCCCCACCCUCAGGGACGCUCUCCAGCGCGGGCAGGGAGCUUUCCUCCUCCUCUCCUUCUUCCUAGCGACGUCAUCGGAUGCAUGCGCGGCAGGAGCCAAUGCUUUCCUAUGGAUGUUGGCGUCUUCUCACUGUGAUUUUCACAGUGAGAAGCACGCAAACGCCUCUAGCGGCUGUCAAUGAGACAGCCACUAGUGGCUUUAGAGGCUGGAUUAACCCUCAGUGUAAACAUAGCAGUUUCUCUGAAACUGCUAUGUUUAUUAAAAAAAAGGGUUAAUCCUAGCUGGACCAGGCACCCACACCACUUCAUUAAGCUAACGUGGUCUGGGUGCCUAUAGUGGUCCUUUAAAGGACCACUAGAGACACCCAGAUCACAUCAGCUCAAUGAAGUGGUCUGGGUGCAAGUCCCUCUAGUUUUAACCCUGCAGCUGAAAACAUAGCCGUUUCAGAGAAACUGAGGGUUAAUCCAGCCUCUGGUGGCUGUCUCAUUGACAGCCGCUAGAGGAGCUUCCACGAUUCUCACUGUGAAAAUCACAGUGAGAAGACACUGAACGUCCAUAGGAAAGCAUUGAGUAAUGCUUUUCUAUGGGCGGUUUAAAUGCACCUUUUGCCGCACAUGUGCAUUCGGAGCUGAGAUACAGAGGGAUCCCCAGUGCCAAGGGAGUCUGGCGCUGGAGAAAGGUAAAUGCUGAAGACACACACACACACUCUCACGAACAGAGAAAUACACACUAGCUAACAGACACACACAUUUACUGACAGACACACACUAACACACACACCAACACUAACACACCCACUAACACAAACACACACACACACACACACACACUAACACACAAACAUUUUUUUUUUUUAAUUUAAUCCCCCCAGCCUCCUUACCUUUUGGAGUGCUGGGGGGAUUCCCUGGAGUCCAGUGGUGCUGCUGGGCUCCUGGGCGGCCGGUCACUGGGUGGGCUGGCUAUCUGUCUGGGUGGCCGGCGCGCGAGGGAGCACUCUCCCCUCAGUGCUUCCUCUUCAGCUCCCUCGCACGCCACGUAGGGAUGCCGGAGCCGGAAGAUGACAGCAGGGCCAGCCUCGGGGCCCCUGAGGUGGCCGGUUCCUGGGCCCCCUGGAGAAGAGGCUGGCCCUGUGGGUACAUAACGGGUCACAGGGGCGGCCGGGCCCCCUGGUGGGCCGGGCCCGGUCGCAGCCACGACCCCUGCGACCCUGGUAUGUACGCCACUGGUCAUGUAGCGAACACAUUAAUUUGUAGGGGAAACAGUUAUUUACAGAAGAAAAAUGUAUUACAGUGUUAUUCUUACUCAUUAUCGCUGCAAUAGCGUAGUGCCAAGAGGAUGACAUAUAUAUUUAAUUUAUUUUUUCUUUCAGAUAAUAUUCAUCAUAACUUCAUACUCACAGUCAAUAGUCCGAAACAUUCAGCAACAUUAGGUAAGUCUUGUCUCUAAAGUAUAAUUUGUAUGAAUAAUAAUGUAUCUUUAUAAGCGUAUGGCAAUAUUAUUAAUUCUAAACACUAUUUUUUUACAUGUAUUGCCCCAACUAUUUAAGUAUAGUGCAUAAAAUGGCAAUUUACCUAUAUAAUAUAUAAACUAUUGCUACUGUUCAGAUCACAUUUUACAAUUAUUUUAUUUAUCUGCUUAAACAUACAUUUAUUUCAGAUUCAUCAAACACAGCUACUGUUGAUUUUGAACUGACCCUAUGCAUUGCUUUUUAAAUGUAAAUAUUCUUAGCUAAAUUACUCUUCUUUGAAAGCCCUCAAAAUUGUACCUCAAAAGCUCAUGUAUACUUACAAUAAAGUUAUAGAUGAGAAAAACUGAAUAUCAUUGUAGCGGAUGGCACUGUGGCUGUCCUUAAAAGACUGCAAUUCGUGUGUUGUUUCUGAUUUGUAUUCCCUCUAAAUGGCAUUCGUAUUUUUGUUCGGUAGUUUCCAUCUGUAUUUCUUUGUCAAUCUCUUUUUUAUUGAAACAUUUAUGAAAUGGGGUACAAAAUGAGGAAAAGGGAGUGUACGUUUUCCAACACAUUUGGGGUCUCAUAUUACAGUUUAGCUUUUUCGACAUGGUACAUCCUCAGCUUAUGGUAGAUGCGCCUAUCGCUACAACACAAGCCAUGUUUCAAGCAAUGGUAUAAGAGUUAGUCCGUGUUUGCACCAACUUUAAUUUACAUGCAUACAGUAUAACUGAGUAGGUAUGCUAUUAAAAAACAAAGCAGGUAUGGUAAUAAUACAUCCAGACAUAGCAUGUUAAUCUCACCACAUUACAGAUUCAGUGAACGUGAGGUUGCGAUAGGGUAACAGCUGUCCGACUAACGUGUACAUGCUAAGCUUGGCUGUCGAAUUUUGCUGUUAGAAAGUAGUCUGUCUACGCGUGUCUGAGGUCUCAUAUAGUGGGUUGCAAGUGUGGUGCUUGGUAGUCGGACUCGUUGUGAACUCACUGACGUGGUUAAGCAGCGUAUUAAGCAUCGUCAUGUCCUGUUAUGUGCUUAUCGAGUAAUCAUAUGGGGUCUUGGUUGGUUUAACUCUGGGGGGAUUGGAAGGUACUGCUCUAGGAGUAGAUCUCAAUUGUCGGUGCUAUCAGUAGGCCUUAUUAGGUGUACUGUCUCCGGUCCGUCUGGGUUCAAUAACGGUGGGAUUUGAGAUCCUAGUCUGGUGACCGGUAUGAUGUAGAUUAAGUACCUAGGUGAAUUUCUAGGGUCCAUCUUCCGUCAGCCACUUGAGUGGUCUAGGACCCUUUAUGCCUCCCAUUAUGCGCCCGUGGACAUCCUAUAUUCCCAUAUCUCUCCUUGUAUUGUCAGGAAUUAGCUACCAACUAGACUGGCCGAUCAGAGAUGUUUGACUAAGGGUCGGGGCAUAUCUGAGGGGGGGAGAGGGGGAGGGAAGGGGUAAAGAGGACACAUUCGCCACCGGGAACGCGGCCUCCCCACAAAACGAUCCGACAUCCAGCCGCACGCCUCCUCGGGGCCAGGAAAUAAUCCCUCACGGUCCCGUCACCCGGUGCGGCCCAUGUUCCGGGUCUGCAUCGGUCACUGGUGCAGGCUGCAGGGUCGGUCCACCCGAUAUGUGUAGUAUCCACGGAGUCCAUACCUGCAUGUAUUUUUCUGUAGUGCCACGUAAUGCGGCGGUUAGUUGUUCCAUUCCGUGUAUUUCCUCUACCUUGUCCAUCCAGUGCUGCAGGGUGGGUACCUGUGAGGUGCGCCAUCGCGUAGGGAUGAGUGUUUUAGCUGCAUUCAGUAGGUGUUUGACUAAUGUCUUUUUAUAUUUUGAGAUGGGUAGCGGUGUGUGGUGAAGAAGCAUCUGGAGUGGUCGCAUAGGAAUGUCUGUGUCUGUGAUAUGUUUGAUCUGGGUUUGAAUUUGAUGCCAGUAUGGGAUUAUCUUCCGGCAAGACCACCAAAUAUGGAGGGUUGAGCCAAUCUCGUUUUCGCAGCGCCAGCAGGUCGCCGAAGCGUCUGGUAUCAUUCGUUGGAUCCGCUCGGGCGUCCUGUACCAAUUGGUCAGCAGUUUAUAAUUGAGUUCUUGUUGUUUGGAGCUUAAUGAGCUUUGGUGGGUCAGAAUAUGAAUGUUUGUCCAUUGAGGGGCUGUCAGCGUGACUCCUGUGGCUUCCUCCCAGCGCGCUAUGUGUUUCAGUGGUUCCCGCGGUGUGGAGGUUAUCAGCAUCUCGUAGAGGUGUGAGAUUCCUCUGCAGAUUUGCCGUCUCUGUGUGCAUAUUUUCUCAAACUUGGUUAGGGGUCUGUGUAUCAAGUUUUUUCCCGGGAGGGCCUGGUAGUAAGAUUUGAUCUGAAAAUAUCUAAAUCUGUCUAGCCCCGUCGGAGUCCGAUCAGGUAUUAGGUCGGGUAGUUGCCUCAUUGUGUCGAUUUCGCACCACUGUUGCAUAUACGUCCAGUCCAUGGCCCCAAAAGCCUCGAUGUCGCGUGGCGUGAGACCGCCAGCCAGGUCUGGGUUGUGCGUGAUCGGUGUCAGUGGUCCCGGGGUAGUCGUCAGUGCCAGUCUAAACCUGAUGGAGUACCAGACUCUCAGGGUGGCUCCGAUAAACGGGUGCCUGUGGGUUCUUGCUUCGGUCAAUGGGCCCCCUAGCCACAGCGUCGCUGGUAGUGCGCCGUUUAAUUGGUUCCGUUCCAUAUGUAUCCAUUGCUUCUGCGUUUCCAGGACAUGCCAGUCAACGAUCCUGUGGAUGUGUACUGCUCUAUAGUAAUCUAGAAGUGAUGGUAGACCCGCUCCCCCUUGCGAUUUUGGCAAACUGAGUUGUGUCUUCUUUAGUCUAGGUGCCUUGGAUAGCCAGAUGAACCGUGUUAUGGCCGUGUCCAUGGCUCUAAAGAAGGUCUUCGGUAUAGCGAUCGGUAUGGUCUGAAACAGAUAGAGGAGUCGGGGCAAGAGAUUCAUUUUUAUUGCAUUCAUUCUCCCGAACCACGAGACACUAAGUCCAGCCCAUUUGGCUAAGUCCGAGCCCAGUUUUGUUUGCAUUGGUGUGAAGUUGUGGGCGUACAACUGGGACAGGUCUGCGGACAACCAGAUACCCAAAUAUCGUAUUUUGUCUCGGCACCAUGUAAGGGCAUAUUGGGUUUCAAGGUGGGUGGUCAUCUGGUCUCCUGUGGAUAUGGGGAGAGCUUCUGAUUUGUCAGUGUUCAGUUUCAAGUUUGAUAGUUGUCCAUACUCCGCAAAGGCCUUCAGGAGAUUCGGCAGCGAGACAAUCGGGUCGCUAAUGAAGAACAGCAUAUCGUCGGCGUAUGCCGCCACCUUAUGUUCUUGACCAUGCAUCAUAAAGCCCUUCACGGCCCCGUCCUGUCUGACCGCCCCCAGGAAGGGUUCCAGGGAGAGGGCAAACAGAAGGGGGGAUAGCGGACAACCUUGCCUUGUCCCAUUGCGUAUGUGUAUCGGGUCCGAUAAUGCACCGUUUACCCUAAUCCUGGCCAACGGUACUGUAUACAGGGAAGAGAUCCAUGCUAAGAUGUGGGGGCCGAAGCCCAUUUCCCGGAGCGUCGCCAACAUAUAACGCCAGUCUACCCGGUCAAAGGCCUUUUCCGCAUCGGUAGAGAGGAGAAGGACCUUCUGGGCCGAUUGUUUCGAGGCAUGUAUGACAUUCAGGGCGCGGAUGGUGUUGUCCCUCGCUUCUCUUCCCGGGACAAACCCCACCUGGUCGGGGUGGAUCAGUUCUGGCAGGACCCAGCCUAUGCGCGUUGCCACAACCUUUGUGAAGAGCUUCAGGUCUGUGUUCAGCAGCGAGAUUGGUCUGUAGCUUGCGCAGUUGGCUGGGUCCUUGCCCUCCUUUGGGAUCACUGUAAUCGUUGCCGACAGGGUAUCUCUAGGGAGCGAGCCACCCUCUAGCAGUGAAUUGAGACCUGUGAGGAGCUUAGGCAUGAGUAUGUCACCUAGUUAUUUAAAGUAUCGCACAGGAAGGCCGUUCCAUCUGUAUUUCAUACGAAUGGAAACUACCGAACUAAUAGACCUCCCCAGAGUGAAGUGUGUUCCCAAUUAAGCUGUCGAAAAUGUGUACUAAUAGGUGGUUUAUUGACGUAUCUGGGUGGCCGCCAUUCGGCAUACGAACACGUGGCGGCGGCCAUCUUACGCACAAAAGACUCAGCGGUGUUUGGUCGUCGAGUGUCUGGAACUCAAAUCGGACACUCGAUUACCCGAACACCGCUGACACCUCCAGAGCUCCAUAACUCCAGAACGGGAAGACGAAUCAGCCCCCCAUUGGGUGAGUUUGGAGUACCGAACAAGGGCAUUCAGGCGAAUGACAGUUUAAUCGUGGAUGGCAUGUAUUUCUAUGUAUUUUACCUCCCGAACGGAGACCGACCGCAGGGCCAAAAUGCAUGGAACCCGUUUCGGAUACCACCUCGUGUGCGGUCGGUCAAAUUUCACCCUCCACCUAACUCCCGAACCCCUGGUCUGAUCUGGGUGAAUUUUGGAUAUGUUGGUCACCCAGAUCAGGGCUACCAGGGGGUUCCCUAAGUAUGGGUGUACCUGCUUGGGGUAUAUCCAGAACUUGGGGAAAACUGUGUCUUGUAUAAUGGGAUUAGGUGUCAUACUAAGGGGAGGAGAUGGGUGGGAGGUAACUACUAUGCCAUUGGGUACUGUCCUAAUGAAUGUGAAUCCCUCCCUUGCAUGGGAGAAAUGCUUAAAAGGAAUAAAAGUCUGCUCCUGAUGCUGUGUGUCGUCCAGUCAUUGGGAUCUGUAUGGGGAUAUUCUUGGAUUGCAUUGCUUAUUGGAAUUAUUGCUUCAUGGGAUUUUUCAUCACUUGUUCCUGAGCCUCACUGGGAUCUUAUUGGAGUUAACCUGUGAAAUACCAGGCCUCCGCUACAUUGAUGGCAGCGGUGGGAUCCAGACUCAUACAGGAACAAGUACCAAUGGAGUACGGAUGGAGAUUGACUAUUCUCCACUAAAACGCUCUACACUAAAAUACCUCCUGGAAGCAAGGGGUAUUCAAGCCAGCAAUAAAAAGAAAGCGGUACUUAUUACCAAACUCAUGGCAGAGUACCGAAUGGAUGGCGGUUCGGUUCCCGAACAAGGGGAUUCGGCAGAAAGACCGGAACAAAUGGAGUUCCAGAGACAGCUACAAUUUAGGCUGUCUUUUUAUGGAGAAGACCCACCAGCGGAAAUUAUUUCCAAGACCAUGACAGAGGUCCAGGAAUCUAUACUGAGGCAAUGGAUAACGACAGCCCCAGAAUGCAGCACUGCAGUGAACAUGGCACAAGAGGGUAAGCCUAAAAUACCAUACCAGGCAUUCAAAAUGUAUGUAGAGGAAGAAGACAUAGAUGCCUUCCUGCAGGAUUUUGAAAGACUGUUUGCCCUGCAUAGAAUCAGUACAGAAGACUGGGUGCCCAUUUUGGCGGGACGUUUAACUGGGAGGGCAGCAGAGGCAUAUCGUACUGUUCCGGACGAGGAGAUCAGGGAUUACAGUAGAGUGAAGGAGAUUAUACUGGCCCUGUAUGCUAUAACACCAGAGGCAUACCGGAGGAGAUUCCGGGACUUAAAGAAAGCAGAGACUCACAUGCAGAGUGGGUUUGCAGAUUACAGCGGGCAGCCCUCGGGUGGGUGCAAGCUAGCAAGGCACGGUCCAUAGAGGACGUGAUACAAAUGCUGCUAAUGCAACAAUUUUAUCAUGGGUUAUCGACUGAUGUCCAGGAAUGGGUAAGGGACCGUAACCCUGCAUCCCUCACAGAAGCUGCUAGGAAAGCAGACGAAUAUCUGGAUGCACGCAGGCAGCAAAAACCAGUAGUCCCAAAGGUCACAUUAAAAACCUUUGGGGGAACAAACAACCCCCCAGUCUCACCGAGACAACUACCACCACCACCUGCUGCACAACCACGAUUUCGCCAGCCGAGCUCUGGGCCCUGUCACCACUGCCAGAAAUGGGGACAUUAUAAACGGGAAUGCCCACAGCUGCGGUAUCGAUCCGACCAGGUCCUCCACCACCACCAAGAGCAGCCGCAGCCCACUACUACCAGGACAUAAUCCCAACACCGUAUGGUUCAGCAGUGCCCAUUACCACCGUGGAACAGUGGGAAGUACUGCACGAGGCGGAUCCUGUACAGGCAAAUGCUGAUAACCGACAGCAUCACAGACAGACAGUAUACCUAGAGGACAAAGCUGUACAAGGGCUCUGCGACUCAGGAGCCACGAUCACUUUGAUCAAAAGCCACCUUGUAGUGGAUAAAGCUAAGACCAGGGUAAAGCUAAGACCAGGGUAACCGGGGGAGCCGUAUACUGGCUACCUACAGCAAGGGUUCACCUACAUUGGGGAGCAAGGUCAGGAGAGGUGGAGGUGGGGUUAAUGCCACAGUUACCAGCGGAAGUUUUGCUGGGCAAUGAUCUGGGAAGGCUCACGUCUGCUUUUGAGCCCCAGACCCCAAUCACCGGAGAAGCCCAUCCUGUGGUCACCAGACAACAGGCCCGCACCCAGGUUCCACCCACACUGCCGGAGGUUCAGGUAAGAGAUCCUUCCCCUUCACUAGAUUGUGUCCCCUGGGCCCCUCCUAACGAAUUUGCAGCCAAGGUGAUAACUGACCCCACGUUACAGGUAUAUAGGGACAAGGUCACAGCAGACCCACCUUGGUGGGAAGGUGAGAGGUUUAUCUGGGAUAAGCAGCUGUUAUACAGAGAGUCUGACAAGCAGAUAGCCGGGUCAGACCCGAUAGUUAUGAGGCAGCUAGUGGUACCCCAGCGGUACCGAGCGGAGUCGGAUAGCACAUGAUAUUCCACUAUCCGGACAUUUAGGGGUCAGUCGGACCAGGCACAGACUGACCCAAAGUUUCUUUUGGCCAGGGAUCAGCCAGGAAGUGCGCCGAUAUUGCAACACUUGCGAUACGUGCCAGAGGGUAGGGAAAAGGGGGGACCGGCGGUAGAUUUAAUAGGACCCCUCCAGAAAGCGAGCCCAUCAGGAAAGAAAUAUAUCCUGACUGUGGUGGACUAUGCCACUAGAUAUCCAGAGACGGUGGCUCUGACUAAUAUUCACGUUGAAACGGUGGUUGAGGCCCUUAUGCAGAUCUUCUCCCGGAUGGGAUUACCCAAGAAGAUCAUCUCAGAUCAGGGUACUCAAUUCAACGCCGAAGUCACUCAGCGCCUCUGGAAGUUCUGUGACAUUAAGCCGAUCAUUAGUGCCCCUUACCACCCCUAGACUAAUGGGCUCUGCGAAUGAUUCAACGGUACAUUGAAACAAAUGCUCCGAACCUUCGCAGAGACCCACAAGGACUGAGAACAAUUCCUGCCCCACCUCCUCUUUGCUUACCGAGAGGUGCCGCAGGAGUCCACCGGGUUUUCCCCGUUUGAAUUGUUAUUUGGGAGAAGGGUACGGGGGCCAUUGGGAGCAUUGGUAGGGAGAGCAGAGCACCGACGGCACCCCCAUCAUGUGGGGCAUACCCUAUGUGUUGGCAUUCCGAGACCGCCUAGAAGCAUUAACUAGGACGGUAAGGGAAAACUUACAGGCGGCUCAGACCCGCCAGCGCACAUGCUAUGAUCGGAGCGCCAGGGACCGUAGCUUUCAGAUCGGACAGAAAGUGUUAAUUUUAAAACCUGUCUGUCAUAAGUUACAGGCCGCCUGGCAGGGCCCUUAUAGGGUGGUGGAACAGAGGUGUGACACCACUUAUAUAAUCGGAUCUUGCGUUGGAACUGGAGGGCGCCGCAUGCUCCAUGUGAACAUGAUGAAACCCUACCAGGAGCGCUCUGAGGAGGUGACCGCAAUAUGUGCACCCAACUCGGAUGAGUUCGACAGCUUGCCUCUCCCAGACCUGCUGGGAGAUGGUCAGUUGUCUAGAGAUUUAAGGGAGGUUGCACUGGGAGACCGGCUGAGCCCUCAGGAGCGGAUCGAGGUACAACAACUGUUAAGAGAGAAGCAAGAUACCUUCUCUAAUGUACCUGGAUACACUCCUCUGGCCACUCACCGGGUAGAGACCCCAGGACAACUUCCCAUGCGCCAGACCCCGUACCGCAUCCAAGAAGCGGUGCAGGAAAAUAUGCGCAAGGAGAUCGAUGAGAUGCUCCAGCUGGGGGUGAUUGAACCCUCAGACAGCCCCUGGGCCUCUCCGGUAGUUCUAGUACCAAAGCGGGAUGGUACGACCCGCUUUUGUGUAGAUUACCGGAGGCUGAACGAGAAGACCGUGUCUGACGCCUAUCCCAUGCCCAGGAUAGACGAACUGCUGGACAGGAUGGCUAGGGGCCACUACCUCACCACUAUUGACUUGUGUAAGGGGUAUUGGCAAAUCCCCUUGGCCCAGGACGCCAUCCCUAAGUCGGCCUUUAUCACCCCAUUCGGCUUGUACCAAUUUAAGGUCAUGCCGUUUGGGAUGAAAAACGCUCUGGCUACCUUUCAGCGGAUAUACCUGUGCAUACUUAGAUGAUAUUGCCAUAUUUAGCAAUACCUGGCAGGAGCACUUGGCCCAUAUAGGAGCGGUCCUAGACAGGAUUAGAGAAGCUGGUUUAACACUGAAACCAGCCAAAUGCAGUAUAGGGAUAGCCGAGGUACAAUACCUGGGCCAUUGAGUAGGAUGUGGGAAACAGAAGCCAGAACCAGCCAAAGUAGAGGCCGUAGCCCAAUGGCCUACUCCUAGUGCUGGCCUUCUUAGGAACGGCAGGAUACUAUCGGAAAUUCGUCCCGAACUAUAGCGCCCUGGCCAAACCCCUUACUGACCUGACCCGUAAGAACCUUCCCCGCCAAGUAGCCUGGACCCCGGAGUGUGAGCACUGCAGCCCUUUGACUUUAACAUUCAGUACCGCCCGGGAAAACAGAAUGGGAACGCUGACGGGUUGUCAAGACAAACCGACCUGGAGAAAUGAUCCGUGAGCAUCCCCGGACAUCCCCAAGCCGAUCCGAGUUGGAUCAGACUGUGUAUGCCGGCUUGUGGGCAACGGGGAGCAGUGUAGCGGAUGGCACUGUGGCUGUCCUUAAAAGACUGCAAUUCGUGUGUUUCUGAUUUGUAUUCCCUGUAAAUGGCAUUCGUAUGUUUGUUCGGUAGUUUCCAUCUGUAUUUCAUUCGAAUGGAAACUACCGAACUAAUAGACCUCCCCAGAGUGAAGUGUGUUCCCAAUUAAGCUGUCGAAAAUGUGUUAACCGCAGACUAAUAGGUGGUUUAUUGAUGUAUCUGGUUGGCCGCAAUUCGGCCUAUGAACACGUGGCGGCGGCCAUCUUACGCACGAAAGACUCAGCGGUGUUUGGUCGUCGAGUGUCUGGAACUCAAAUCAGACACUCGAUUACCCAAACACCGCUGACUCCUCCAGAGCUCAAUAACUCCCGAACGGGAAGACGAAUCAGCCCCCCGUUUGGUGAGUUUGGAGUACCGAACAAGGGCAUUCAGGCGAAUGACAGUUUAAUCGUGGAUGGCAUGUAUUUCUAUGUAUUUUACCUCCCGAACGGAGACUGACUGCAGGGCCAAGACGCAUGGAACCCGUUUCGGAUACCACCUCGUGUGCAGUCGGUCAAAUUUCACCCUCCACCUAACUCCCGAACCCCUGGUCUGAUCUGGGUGAAUUUUGGAUAUGUUGGUCAUCCAGAUCAGGGCUACCAGGGGGUACCCUAAGUAUGGGUGUACCUGCUAAUCUUGGGGUACAUCCAGAACUUGGGGAAAACUGUGUCUUGUAUAAUGGGAUUAGGUGUCAUACUAAGGGGAGGAGAUGGGUGGGAGGUAACUACUACGCCAUUGGGUACUGUCCUAAUGAAUGUGAAUCCCUCCCUUGCAUGGGAGAAAUGCUUAAAAGGAGGUUGUGUGUAAUAAAAGUCAGUUCUGAUCCUGAUGCUGUGUGUCGUCCAGUCAUUGUGAUCUGUAUGGGGAUAUUCUUGGAUUGCCUUGCUUAUUGGAAUUAUUGCUUCAUGGGAUUUUUCAUCACUUGUUCCUGAGCCUCACUGGGAUCUUAGUGGAGUUAACCUGUGAAAUACCAGGCCUCUGCUACAAUCAUUUUAGCAGAGAGCUGCUCUUACACAGCUUAUCUCCACUUUAGAUCCCAGUAAGGCUUCAGAAACAAGUAUUAUAAAUCCAGGAGGUAAUAUUUCCAGCAGGCAAAACACUCCAACAAUAUCCCAACCUCAAUCCCAAUGACUGGACGACACACAGCAUCAGGAGCAGAACCUAACUUUUAAUCACAUCGUUUCCUUAUAAAGGUUUCUCCCAUGCAAGGGAGGGAUUUACAAUAAUUGGGACAGUAGCCAAUGGAACAAUAGUUACCUCCCAUACAUCUCCUCCCCUCAGUGUGACACUUAAUCCACUUAUUUCGGUUACUGUUUUACCCGGUUUUUGGAUGUACCCCAAAACUGUGGGGUACAAGGGUCUAAGUGGCAUGUGUGUUUUGGCCCUGCGGUCGGUCUCCGUUCGGGAGGUAAAACAUCCACAAAUCUUUGCCAUCCACUAUUAACAACGCAUUCCUAUGAAUCCCCUAGUUCGGUACAUUGAGCUCACCGAACGAGGGGCUAAUUGGCCCCUCCGUUCGGGAGUUAUGGAGCUCUGGAGGUCUCAGCAGUGUUCAGGUAAUUGAGUGUCCGAUUUGAGUUCCAGACACUCGACGACCAAACACCGCUGAGAGUUCGUGCGUAAGAUGGCCGCUGCCACGUGUUCGCUUACCGAAUGGCGGCCACCCAGAUAUAGUAAUAAAGCACCAAUUGACUGCGGUUAGAGAAGUGUGAAAGCCUAAUGAGGCACACACUUCUCUCUGGGGUGGUCUAUUGAUUCAGCAGUUUUCAUUCGUAUGAACUACGGAUGAAAACUACCGAACAAACAUACGAAUCAUACAUACAAGUUUAAUUACACAGGAAAACAAACACACGAAUUGUCUUUUAAGCAUAAUCCUGGAGGCCAGUCCAGUGCUAUCCGCUACAAUCAUGUUAUAGGCUUGGUCGUGGGAACUUAACUGCUUUCCAUGAAGAACUGAGAAGAAAUGCACACCAUAUGGACAAAAGUAUUGGGAGACACCUCUUUAUUAUUGAAUUCAGAUGUUUCAAUUAGACAUUUGUGAAUAAAAAUGGGUUGAAGAACUCAGUAAAUUUAAGCGUUGUAUUGUGAUUGGAUGCCACCUUUCCAAUAAUUCAGUUCAUGACAUUUCUUGGUAAAUCCAAUAUAGGUUCUUUGCAUAGGCUCAUAAGAAGGGUAAACCAUGGUCUGUGUUGCUAAUAUGGGACUAUCAGAAUGAUGGAUACUGAUUCAUGCCAUAACCGUCUCAGAAGAGGAAACAGGAAAAGAGUGUAGCGGAUUGUGUUAAGGCUGUCCUUAGGAAUUCGCAUUGAAAAUGUAUUCAGUUAAUUGUUUCCUGUAUGUCUGUAAAGUAUAUGUAGGUUUAAUAUGAUUGUUCGGUAGUUUCAUACGAAUGAAACUACCGAACCCUCAGACCACCCCUGUAAGAAGUGUGUACCUCGUUAAGCGUUUACACUCUGCAAACCGCAGCUUAAUUGACUCGUUACAUGUACAUAUGUGGUCGCCGUUCGGCAUACGAACCACGUGCGACGGCCAUCUUGCGCAUGAAAAUCUCAGCAGUGUUUGGUGGUCGAGGGUCUGGAACUCAAAUCGGACACUUAAACAACCGAACACCGCUGAGACCUCCCGAGUUCCAUAACGCUCGAACGGAGGAACAAGUCAACCCUCAGUUCGGUAAGAUCAAUGUCCCGAACAAGGGGAUUGAUGCGAAUAGAAGAUUAGCUGUGGAUGGCAGUUAUUUCUAUGUCUUUUAACUCCCGAACAGGGACCGACCGCAAGGCCAAAACACAUGGAGCCUUUUUCGGAUACCACCUCGUGUGCGGUCGGUCAAAUUACACCCUCCACCUAACUCCCGAACCCCUGGUCCGAUCUGGGUGAUAUGUUAGUCACCCAGAUCAGGGCUACCAGGGGGUACCCCAAGUAUAAUUCUAGCUGCUUGUUUUGGGGUACAUCCAGAACUCGGGGAAAACUACAGCAUGAUUAAUGACAUUAAGUGUCACACUGAAGGGAGGAGAUGUGUGGGAGGUAACUGUUACACUAUUGGAUACUGUACUGAUUAAAUGUGUAUAAUGUGUAUACCAGGUUAAGAGGCCUCCUGCAGAGGACAGAGCUUCCAUUCCUGAGAUCAAAACUUCUGGAGAAGAACCUGAUCACUUUCUUUUUCUUGCCGAGAAUGUCCAUUUCCCUUGAGCAAGGUUGUCUUGUAGAAAUGAUUGAGUCUGUCCUAUAAUCAUAGAACAGGAACAAAAAGACGGAGUAUGGGAGGGAUAGGAGGGCAAAAGGGUGAGAGGGGUAGGAUGGGGUAUUUAUACAUUUUCUCUUAAUUAGGUUCCUGACUAAUUUUGAAAUAUAUAUUGAUUAUACAGGUGCUCUUCUAUGUAAAGCUAGGCAGACAGACAGAUCAUUUUCUAUAUAUGUAUGAGGAUGCAAAUUAAAAUAGCUUUUUAACACAAUUCCCAACUUGUUGAUUAACUUAUCUUGUUUGUUCUUUUUAGACUACCGAAUGAACAAUAUUCAGUUUCCAGCUGCAUCCACAAAAUACAACACUAUGUCCUUUUCUCGCUCAUUCCAUAAUCUUUCCCACCUGCCACCCUCUUAUGAAUCUGCAAUCAAAUCUGACAUUAGCAGAUAUUCUUCUCUCAAAAGACUUGGUAAGCAUAUUCAGUGCUGAUUAUAUAUAAUGAAAGUUAAAUCAUGUUACCAGCACAACAAUUCAUUCCUCUACUGUUGAACUUAUAUAAAUAAUAAUGUGAAUACAGACAUCUCUGUUAAGAAAAACAUCAUAAUUAUUGUAAUUACAAAAUUUUAAAAGGUGUUAAUUGUAUUAUAUUUCAUGACUUAGAAAAAAUGAUGUAAAGACAAAACGUGUCCUUUUUAAAUAUUGUAUACUAAUAGCCAAAAAAAAUAUUAAAGGGAUACUAUAGUCAUCAAAAAAUUUUAGCUUAACACCUUAACACCAGCGGUCAUUCAAUGUUGUAAUGCAAAUUGUGGGCUUUAACAACACUGGGGGGCAUAGUAUGCCCUGCAAAUCACCCCCUUUGGGGUGAUCCUGACAACCCGAGCAGUUUAUUACAAAUAUACUUGAAUUAUAUAUAUAUAUAUAUAUAUAUAUAUAUAUAUAUAUAUAUAUAUAUAUGUGUGUGUGUGUGUGUGUAUAUAUAUAUAUAUACACCCACAUACACACAAUUUCAUUCUAAGUGUUUUUUGAUCUUUCUUUAUUCUCAAGACAAAAGCAUAACAGGCAAUACAUGUGAAAAAGCACAAGACAAAGUAUACAUAGCAUUGGAUGUAUACCUAACGUGGGAAAUAGAUGGUUUUUGGCUUACAGGUUUUCUUUAUUUAAAAGAGGAUAAAAUAACAUAAGAUACCAUACAGAUAGGGCAUCUCGCUCUGGGUGAAGAUAUUAUCAUAUUUUCAAGUAGAUACUUAUUUUAUUGGUAAGAUAUUUGUGUCUCACAGGCAUGCCUUUGAGACACAAAUAUUUAACCAAUAAAAUAAAUAAACAAACCUAAACGUAGUUGCCAGAGACUAUCACCCACUGUGCGAAGGAUUGACAAACAAUUGAAUGCAGGGGCUAGUGGUCGGGGGAAUGAUAAUAUGUGGAGGUGAACCCCACAUGCCAGCAGGUACAGACCAGUCUUUGUGUCUAUAAGAGCACUCAACGUAUCAGGUAGUACUUUAAGUGAACUAAGAUAAUAAACUAAUUAACAUAAAAAAGAAACAAUAAUAGACAGUGAAAGUUGCAGUCUAGUUGCUCAAGGUAUCACUGCAGUUGCUGGGUUUCCCCUCUGAGCAGUCAGAACAAACGGGCGGACCCGAUAAGGGUCCCACGAACUUUGUUGCUGUGGUUUUGGUGGAGGAAGUGGUUCCAGCAUCGGUCAUUAGCCCAAGUUUCUAAAGGGUGCUUGUAGAUUCUGAGGCCUCAUAAACCUUUCACAUUCCUGAGUCUCUAGGGAUAAUUAGGUAUUGUGAAGUACCACAUUGUAGGACACUUUAUGUGAAACUAGUUUCUUAGUUAAGGGUCGCAAGAAUCUCCACCAGUCCUCCAUGGCCUUCGACGGAUCUAAAUAAAACGUAUGGUAUGGAGACUUGUGAUGAACCGCUGCUAUAAAAACCAUUCUAUCUUGCACAUUCUGAUAAACAGAUGAUGACAUCCCUGCUGGCCCCCACAGGAGUUUUUUGUGACACUGGUAAUCUGUAUCCAGCAGCAUAAUUCUAGCAGUUUGGCAGCAAUGAAGAGAUUCACAAGUAUUCUCCUUAAGAAGUGUGGGAUUUCAGCAGUCUCCAUUGCAUCUGUUAGGUCGCGCACUUUCACGUUUUGCCAUCUGCUCCUGUCCUCUGUAGCUUCCAUGCAGUCUUGAGCCUGAGUUUGGUCGCGCUGUAACACCUGCAAUUUCUGUUCCAGGCUGGUAAGUCAGACUUCAUGGGCAGCAGUGUUCAGUUGAAGAUGCACAGACACCCCUCCAAUCUCCUCUCUGGAGUUAAUCCAGGGGGCCUCUCAAAGUGCCCUCCACCACUGGUGUACCACAAGUAGUCGUGGGAAGGAGAUUGCGCCCCUUCACUGUACACUGUUUUAUUGUUCCCAUAUCAUCCAAGGAUGCCUUGCUGGAUGAUCGGGAAGGCCCAUCAGUGGGAGACGCCAUGACAGGCCUCUGCGGGAUCUGCGGCCUCCGAUAUCGGUGGUCAACUGAGGUUUUUCUGGUCAGUACUUUUUAUUUUUGCGCCCCAUUAUACGAAAGAUCUUUCCCCCUCCUUUCAGAGUCAUAGUUACAUAGGUUGAAUGGAGACCUGUUUCCAUGAAGUUCAGCCUUCCUCACAUUUCCUUUUUGCUGUUGAUCCAAAAGAAGGCAAAAACACCCAGUUUGAAGCACUUCCAAUUUUACAACAAACUAGGAAAAUAAUUCCCUCUUGACCCCAGAAUGGCAGUCAGAUUUUUCCUUGGAUCAAGAAGCUAUUACCCUACAGUUGAAAAAUUAUACAAUUGAAUAUUCUGUUUUUAGAGUAUGCAUCUACUUGCUGUUUACAAAUCUGUACAGAAUCUGAUAAAACCACUUCUUUAGGCAGAUAAUUCCAUAUCCUUAAUGUUCUUACAGUAAAAAAAUACAUUUCCUUUGCCUUAAACUAAAUCUUUUUUCUUCCAGUCUAAACAUGUAACAUCGUGUCUUAUGUAAAGUCCUAUUUGUGAAUAGAUUUCCACACAAUGGUUUGUAUUGGCCCUGGAUAUAUUUGUAUAAUGUUAUCAUAUCCCCUCUGAGGCAACGUUUUUCUAAACUAAAGAGGUUUACAUUUUUUAACUUUUCUUAAUAGCUAAAAUGUUCCAUUCCUUUUAUUAAUUUUGUAGCUCGCCUCUUUCUAGUGCCAUAAUAUCCUUCUUUAGAACAGGUUGCCCAAAAUUGCACAGCAUAUUCAAGAUGUGGUCUUACCGGUGAUUUAUAAAGAGGCAAGAUGAUAUUCUCAUAUCGAGAAUUAAUGCCCUUUUUCAUGUAUGACAAUAUUUUACGGUCUUAGCCACUGCGUGAGUCACUGGGGUAAGUAGAAGCUAAAGUAAUUAGCAAGAUUACACUGCUGGAACAGAGCUCCUCUGAGACAUGUCUGCUCAGUAUGGCUGCUAUUAUAUAUUAACAUCACAAUACACUUAGAAUGAAAUGUGUACAAUUGCCUUAAGGGGUUAAUAAAAUAGUUUUUGUGUACAGAUCAUGCCCCUGCAGUCCCACUGCUUAAUUCUCUGCUAUUUUGGACUUAAAUUAAAUGGUUUCUGCGUAUGCAUCCCUAGCCACAAUUGCCCUGGAUUUGACUCAAACAGCCUACAUGAAAUUUUUUUUUAUUAAUUUUCAAUGAGAAGUUAACUUGUUUUAGAAGGUUUAUGUUUUUCUCUGAAAAUGUAACUGUAAUCAUAGUUUACAAUAUUUGAUCUUUCUUUACAGGAAGUGUUGAGGAAAGCUGUGCAAGUGACAUGCAGGGAGGUUUGACUAGGGCUGCAUAAACAAAGGGAUUUAACUUCUUAAUGCAGAGAAAUGAGCACUGAUACUGCAGGACAUGAUCUAGACACCAAAACUGCUUCAUUAAGCCUAAGUUAUUUUGGUCCAUCUAUCAGAAAAGUAUUAUAUUACUUUCAUAGUAUUGUGAUUUGUAUUUGUAUUUCAGUGUGUUGUGGUAAAUUUACUAUAAAUUUGCAAAAUAUGUUAAGCUAUGUUAAGUUCACUACCGUCAACAGUUUCAUUAAUGAAGAUAGAUAAUAGAAAAUACUGCACAAGUUAAGAGAAACUUAAUUCCAUUAGCAUUUGUAAAAUAAUGGAACUAGUUAGUGUCAUGGUACAUGUGCAAGUGUAGCUUGAUGUUUGGCUUAUAGCUGCAGCAAAUGUUGCUAUUAUCAUUAGUCAUUUGCCAAAGACAAGCGACAGUAACACAGGAACUCCUGCAUUAUAUGCAGACUAUAAGGAACAUAUCGAGCUUAAAGUUUCACAUUAAAGAAAUAUUGGAUAGAAACUAAUAUGGAAAAAUGCCAAUUAUGAGUACAUAUAAUAAGCUUUUGUUCUGUGUAGAGUGAAAUUUGUAAAAAGUGUGGAUAUCAUUUGAUGUAUUUCAAAAUAUAUUAAGGGAUUUUCAAUAUGUCAGUACUCUUUCCUUUACUCAUAAUUUAUUAAAAGCAUGGUAAAGGUCUAUAAAUAAAUUUUCACUGUUUUGUGUUUAAUUUCUUUUUGAAGCAGAGAAAGAUAUGGAUGAUUUUUACCUAAAGAGGAAACAUUUAGCAGAGUUAACACGUGGUACCCUCCCUCUUCAAAUUAUGAAGAUGAACUAUGAUCAAGAUGGUUACCUUGAAAAAUCACAGACACCAAGACGGGUCAUGUCACAGGAACACAUUCUCUCAGACAACCAUUACACAGUACAUCAUGACUAUACCAUACCUAGAGAUCGUCUAAUCUCCCAAGAGCGUCUUCUAUCCAGAGAUGUUCUACAUUCAAAGGAGCACCUGCUGUCUCCUGAAAGAAUACACCCUCGUGGGCCAAAACCAUUCCAAGAAAUGCGCCUUGGCCACCAGAAAGCCUUGUCCCACACCAAUGUCUGUGCUAGUACCCCAGUGCUUGACCGUCACCACAUGAUCAAAAUGAAUUCUCACCCUACAUCAUCCAACUCACCUAGCACCACUUGGGAUAUAAGCAACCAUACGGCCAAUCGUCGACAAGCCUUUGCUACUAAGCGUCAAAACACCAUUGAGCAGCUUCAGUUCAUCCCUGGUCAUCUCCCAAGCCAGCACCUGCGCACAGGGAGCAAAAAUGAGGUUACAGUUUAAAGGGCAUUAAUUUAAUGCUUCAAUUUCCAUACUUUUGAAAAAGAGGCAGUUGAUUUUUACUCUGUGUUUUU